AUGAUUCUCAUCGGAUUUUUGGUCUGUAUUUUUUCUGGGAUACUUUUUUCAGUUUUUUCAUUAUUUUUUUUACUAUGUUUGGUUAUUCGUAGAAUAAAUAAGAAAAGAUUGAAUAAUUAUGAGACAACAAGAAACAUUGCCGUUUUAGUUGUUGGGGAUAUAGGCAGGAGUCCAAGGAUGCAGAACCAUGCUUUGUGCAUUUCUAAGAGGUUUUGCUCUAAACCCGAUUUUUCAGGUAAAUCUAACAAAUUACUUAAGAGAUCAAGCAGCAAGGAUUCCUUUGAGUUAGACGACAAAAUUAAUAACAACCACGUUUAUCUGGUUGGAUACAAUGAUACUACUUGCAGCUCAGCUAUAACUGGUGACAAAAAUAUUACUUUACUAGGGAUAGGGAAAACUUUUGUGGAUCAGCACAGAAAAAUUCUUCCUUUGUGGGCUUUCUUAUCAAUUAAGGUGGUGGAACAGUCAUUGAGAAUUUUCAUAACAAUCAUGCAAAUUCCAAACCUGUCUGGGAUAUUAUUACAAGUUCCUCCAUCUAUACCAUCAAUCCCUAUUGCUUUAUUUGUUUCUUUUAUAAGAGGAGCUCCUUUGAUUAUUGACUGGCAUAAUUAUGGUCAUACCUUGCUAAUAAAGGAUGAAAAAAGAGUUAUUUCAUCUUCUAUACUCAAGAGAAUAUACCAACACAUUUUUGUUACCAGCUACAAGAUCUUGGAGUUCACAUUAGGUAGGCUUUCAGAUUCUGCUUUUUGUGUUUCGAAAGCUAUGCAAGAGGACUUGAGUAAAAGGGGAAUUCAGGCAACAGUGGUUUAUGAUAGACCUAAUGCCGACUUUAAACCUCUUGAUUCUGUUUCAAAGAGACAUUCCAUCUUGUUAAAAUACUUUGGUAGCUUAGAGGAUGAUAUUUGUCUAGAGGAUUACAAUUUAGAGAAAGGAUAUACUCAGGAAACUCCCCUAAUUCGAAAAACUGAGUCAGAAAUAAAGCAGAGGAAAAAAUCCAAGGAAAACAAGAAAUUUACUCAGAAAAACCAGAAAGAUAAUACUAAAACAGAAAAUGUUACAAUUUACGAUGGUUCUUCUUUUACAGAUGUCCAAGAUAUAGUAUCGGGUGCUUUAAAUAGAUCUGUUUUAGAUAUUUACCAAAUUAGUGAGAGCAUUAAACUUUCCAAAGAACGAAUUAAGUCAUCUACCAGGGGCUCUUUGGUUUCUGAAUGUUUAAUAGAGGAAGAGUUCUUCCUAAAGAUGGAACCAAAAGUUUUGGAUGAAAUCUCUUCCAACUUCAAAAAUCAGAAUUUAAGUGAUCUACUAAGUAGAGAUGAUUUAUUCUUUGAUAAUCAUAUUAUUGAGACUUCACCAGUAACUGAAUUAGGAAUUUCUCGUGUUCAGUCUGGGGAAAUUUCGCUAAAGGUACAACUUAAGAAGAACAGACCUGUAAUUUUGGUGACUUCCACUAGUUGGACUCCUGAUGAAGAUCUAAAUUUGUUACUAGAAGGACUUUUGGAAUAUGAUGUACUGGCUUCAAAGCAGAUUAAUAACAAUAACUUAUCUGAACAACUUCCCGACAUCUUUCUAAUUAUUACAGGAAAGGGCCCUGACAAAAAGUUAUGGUUGGAAGAAGCUUCCAAAAGCAGAAUGAAACAUGUAAAAAUUAGGACAGUUUUUGUUGAAGCUGAUGACUAUCCUAAACUAUUAGCCUCUUCAGAUCUAGGAGUUUCUAUGCAUUACUCAUCUAGUGGGCUAGAUCUUCCAAUGAAAGUAGUUGACAUGCUUGGGGCAGGAAUUCCAAUAAUUUACUUCUCUUACCCAACUAUGAAUGAGCUUUUAAAGAAUGAAAAGCUUGAGUUGUUCUUCUCAAGUUCCCAGGAACUUUGCUCUAGACUUACUACUUUACUUAAAGGUUUCAACUCAAGUCCUGAAAGAAAAGUUUUUCCUUCUCCAAAUCUGAACAGAAUUCUCAAAUCAAACAAUUUGAUAAAAGAAACUUUCUAUCAAGAGUGGAACAAUUCAGCUGUGUAUCAUUUCGAUGAAAUGGUAAUUUAA